AGCUGGACUGGGGGGAGCCUGUGGUGUGUGUUGGCGGGGUGGGGACAGACGGUGUGAUACCAAGGCCUCUGCAGACAGAGAUCACCCGGGAGAGGUGUCGGAUUUCUGCUCCCUUGCUCCUGUCUGCCCCUCUGACGUCACUUUUUCCAGUCUGGUGGAAGGGGUGAGGGCCUCCUGGCAGGAAAUGCCCUUAAGCCCCUUGGCCUAGACCACCCCACACAACCUUCCCCCAUCACUGGCCCUUCCUACCCCUGGCCCCCUUCUCCACAGGGGCAUGGGACCACAGGUGAUUCCAGAAGGGAGGGUUAAAUUACGUGUAGGAAUCCUCCUGAUGGUGGAAAGGAACACAUUCAGAGAUGGACAGAAGCUGACAUAUGCAGGGAAGCUUAAGGACUGUCAGUGCCACAGAAAAAGAGGAACCCCAGAGACAGCUAGAGGAGGCAGGAACACCCAGGAGACUGGUGACGAGGUUUCGAUGGCAUCAGGCUGGUAUGACAGCAACCCAGAGCCACAAACACCAACUGGAGGAGAGGUAGACAUGGACAGACACACCAAGAGCAGAAAGGCCAGCUCCAGGGGCAGCCUAGCAGGCAGUGCAGACCAGGACUGUUUCAGGCCCUUAGGUGGAUGUAUGACGGGCAGUGAUGCCCACCGCUCAGUGGCUCUCAAAGCUCGGUGUGAGCCCAGCCCCAAGUGAUUCCCUCUCAAAUCAUUUCCCUUCUGUAAAAUGAACAAGAGAGCAGCACUACCCUCCGCCCUUCAGAAUGGAGAAUAGUUCAUGAUCGAGGAGCUAGGUAAGUAAGGAAACUGUCCAUGUUAAGACAUCAUUUUUAAUGGUAAAUAUGGGCACAUGCACAGUAUCUGAAGCCAGGUUGUCCAAGGGUUGCCAGACUCAUCAAAUAAAAGUAGAGGACAACUAGUUACUAAAUUUUAGAUAGUUUUUAGUAUUUAGCAUAUGUUUGGAGUAUUGCAUGUGUGUAUGAAUCUUUUUUUUUUUUAACUUUUUUUUGGUAGUGGGGAUUGAAUUUGUGACCUCACGCUUGCCAGGCAGGCACUUAGCCACUGCGCUAAAUCCUCAGCCCAUGUAUGAAUCUUUACAUCUCUGUUUUUGCUUUUUGCUAAAUCAUUUAACACAGGUUAUAAAAUUAUAACAUGAGUUUGAUCCCCAGUACCAAAAAAAAAAAAAACUGUAACACUUCACCCCUUGAUAUGUGUUCAUUUCCUAAUAAUGACUUCACAGAAUACCAUGAUCAUCACGUGUCACGUCUAAGAAAGUCAUUUCACAUGUUAUCUGUUUUCUUUUUCUUUUCUUUUUCUUUUUUUUUUCUUUUUUUUUUUUUUUUGAGACAGGUCUUGCUUUGUAAGACUGGACUUGAACUCACAGCAAUCCUCCUGCCUCAGUCUACCAAAUGCUGGGAUUACAGGCUUGCAUUGCCAUGCCUAGCCCAUGUGAUAACUCAUAUUCAAUUCAUACAAUUUCCCAGUUGUCCAAAAUUAUUAUAUCAGAAAUUCAUGGCCUUUGGAAAAUGAAAGAUGUCUACCUCAAUUUUCCCCUUCAUGAAACAGGAGAAAGAGUUGAAUCUACCGCAUGAGAGGAUUAAAUGAAGACCCAAUGCACAUGGCUCGUUGACAUGCACACAGCUCCUCCUGUGACAUUAGCUGUUGCUAUUACUAUUUUUAUGGCUCAUGUUGCUGAUGUUAACCUUUCGUUAUGAUUGACACUACUCCACAACUAGUUGUGUGUGGGGGGGUGUGCAGGCUCUGCUUCCAUCUCCCUUGGUCACCCUGUUGAUUAUGACGUGGGCCAAUGCUGGGGACAGGGAAUCUGGCAGGAAAUCCCUCUUCCUGUUGCAGAUAAGCCUGGCGCAGCCCAGCUGACCCCAGGCCCUCCUCCCUCCACCUCCCAUGUCGCAGGAUCAAAUCCCAAAGAUGGAGAACCUGUCCACCCUGCCCAGCCCCCAUCACCUCAUAAACACCCCCGACCGCUGUUCCCCGUCUUGCCCAGCCCACUGUUCCCCAAGCCAUUCCUGCACCAGGACAGCUCCAGCGGCUGCAUCCCUGGGGCAGGGGGCGAGGCUGGGCUCCGCCCAGGGACCUGCAACUUGACCCAGGCUGCGACCCCCUGCUCUGACGUGUUGGAAAAUUCCCCCCUGCCCAGGUCCCAAGGGAGGGGGUGCAGAGUAUGAAAUGGGGCUGAGACCCCCGGCUGAGGGCAGAGGAAUCCGCCGGAGGUGAGCCAUGAAGUGGGGACAGAAUAGUUGCCUGGGUACCUGGGUUAGGAAGGAGCUGGGGACUUGAAACAGGAAGAGGAACGAAGCCCCUCAUUCCUGGGCGCCAGAUUUCUGGGGGGAAAGGGAGCAGAAGCUUGGACACCUGAGUCCCAGGGAGGCAAGAACUGGUGCCCAGACUUCAGGGUCCCUAAAGGUGGCAUUUUUGAACUUUUUUUUUUUUUUUUUUUUUUUACACCAGAUCAUUCCAAACAAGAACCUAUGGAUGCGUGGAGCUGCGAUGAGACCCCACCACAGGAAGUGCCUCCAGGGAACAAGCUGUCAGGGCAGGAUGGAACUGAAUUUGGCUUCUAUUUCCCUGAACUGGCACUCCAAGGGGACGCGCCCACAAGGGAAACGUGCUGGAAAGAGUUCCCGGAGCCAGACUGGAUCCCCGAGUUACCACAUCCAGAAUAUGCAUGGGGAGCAGAUCUCGUCCCUCAGACUCCUAUGUGGUCUGCAGAUUGGACAAACCUGGAGCGCGCAGCCUCGGACCCUCGCAGCCUCAUCUCUCAGACCCCGGAGCCUGCCCUCCCUGGCCCGGGACCCGCCCCCUUCGCUGGUUCCGUUGGGGCUGCGGGCCAGAACAAUGCCACCUCGUGGUCGCACGCUCAGGCCGCUAGGAGCACUGCGAGCUGGGACUAUUUCGUCGUCCCCAACGGCGCCACCUACUGGGACAAUGGCUUCUACGGGGACCCUCGCACAGACUAUAUUGCGUGGGGCGAACCUGCGGGUUCGAACUCUAUCUCCUCGUGGAAUCUGGGGCUGCAUACAGAUUGCAGCAUGUCUUCGGACGGGUACCAGAGUUCAGCUCUCACCACCUCCUCCGAACCGAGCCAGCAGCCUGACCGUGCCACCUCGACUCGUUACCCCAAAACUAACCACCGAGGUCCCAUUCAGCUGUGGCAGUUUCUCCUGGAGCUACUCCACGACCGGGCGCGUAGCAGCUGCAUCCGCUGGACCGGCAACAGCCGCGAGUUCCAACUGUGUGAUCCCAAAGAGGUGGCGCGGCUUUGGGGUGAGCGCAAGAGGAAGCCGGACAUGAAUUACGAGAAGCUAAGCCGAGGACUGCGUUACUACUACCGCCGCGAUAUCGUGCAAAAGAGCGGCGGGCGCAAGUACACGUACCGCUUCGGGGGCCGCGUACCUGGUCUGGCCUGUUUGGACUGUUCGGGGGUCGCGCCGGAAGCAGACACCCAAUAAAAUAUGCUGCCAAAGUGUCA